AGUCGACUCGUUUUUUUCGACCCACCCAUCCUUCCUUUGUCUUCGUCACGACUAUAAUUCAAUAAAAAUUCUAAUUAUGUCUAUAAUAACGUCAUUUAAACCGUACUUAGAGUGUUUUUUCCUUAUCACUUCUCCCUAAAUCAAUUUUGAGCGUGAUUCAUACUGUGAUACUUGCCUGCAGAAUGUUAAAUUCAUGAAAUGGACAUGAAUGAAUAUGUCAACUUUGAUCUGGGUACAGCCUACCCAAGUCUAUUCUCAUCAUCAUCAGCUGACUACAAACCACCAGUGAAACUAACCAAAGAAGAAGCUUUAUUGAGGAUUCGAGAACUCUUUAAAACUCGACCAGAUAUCGAUUUCAGUGAAGUAAGCGAUGGUUCCCUAUGUAAAUUCAUCCAUGCAAGAAAGUUCAACGUUGAUGCAAGUUUUCAACUUUUAGUCAAUUAUCUGUCGUACAAGAAGCAGCAUCCUGCUUUGUUAGAUGUCGAUAUCAGAGAUCCGUACAUACUCACAGCCAUCAAAGAUGGGCUACCUGGUGUCCUAGAGGAAAGAGACAGAAAAGGAAGAAAAGUCCUCGUUUACUUUGCAAGCAGAUGGAACCCCAACAAACUACCAUUGGAAGUAUUGUUCAAAGCGUUAAUUUUCACACUGGAUCUUUUACUAGAGGAUAUCCAAAAUCAGAUAAAUGGUCUUGUAUUCCUUAUUGAUUGGACUAACUUUUCAUUCCGCACGGCAUCAAAUCUAAAUCCAAGAAUCCUCAAAUCAAUGAUUGAAGGACUCCAGGACUGUUAUCCUGCCAGAUUCAAAGGAAUUCAUUUUGUUGGACAGCCAUGGUACGUGGAAGCUGCUGUAGCAGUUGUGAAGCCAUUCCUAAAGGAGAAAGCUAGAAACAAGAUAUUCAUCCAUGGGAACAAUGUGGGCACCAUGCACGAGUAUCUUCCUUGCGACAUUCUACCAACAGAAUUUGGCGGAGACAAGCCCCCCUUCAACUCAUCAGCAUUGGUUAAUGAAUUGUUACAGCGGAUGGGGUGAGGAGUGCUAAUUUCAUGUAACUUGACUCCAACAUUCUUGAAGCAGGUAAUAUGGACGCUUUUCUCAUCAGCUCUUGUCAGUAUGAACAAGAAUAUUUUUAUCCAAGUUUGCACAAUUGACUAUUUUUUUAUUUACUAAUAGGACUAAGAGUAAUGACAUUGCUCUUAGUUUUGAACCUCACAAAGAAAGCUUUUGCACCUAAUCAAUUAACUUACCGUGAUAUUUAUUCCUAUAUAAAAUGGCUGAAAACAAGAUUUUGAUAUGUAGAACGUAAUUGUUUUUUACCAAUGUUAUUUUGUAAGUGAAGCAUACAUAUUAUGGAUUAUUUUUACGAAGUACCUGUAGUUAGUAGAAUGAGAUAAACAGACCAAAGCUUCCUCAUGGAAUCUUGAUUGACAAUAUGAAACAAUGUAAUGCUGAUUCGCUGUAAUCAACAACACAGCACAGCAGUGGGCUUGCUGGUUCCUCGCCAAUUAAUUUUUUUUUUUCUUAAAGUGCAGACACGCACUUAUGAGGAGUUUGUCAGGUUUUGACAAACAACUGGAAAGAUAAUUAGUCUUCUAAUGGUGAUUUGUUUGGGGUUUUUGGCAUGGACAAACUGGUGUGUAAUAUAUGACAAUACUUAAAUUAAAAAAAAAUCAGCAGAUUUAAACUUCCCAGCCAAAUUUUUGUCUUAAUCGAUACGGUGUAUCACAUGCCAAAUCAACCACGACAAGAAUCUAGGAGGAAUCACCCUAAAUUUAAUUUUUUUUUUAAGUGCCUUCUUUGUCAGCUGUUCUUUAAUUUUUACUAUUUAAAAGAAGAAUUCCAGAAAGGGGGAUUAAGAGAAAUAAUGAAUACUUCAAUGAGGGUGCUAAUCUGAUGUCCAAUUAUUUCAAACUCUCUCUGUACCCACAUAUUGAGAAAUAACCCUUGACAAUAUUGCAGCAUAAAUAAUGAGAACUCGGCAUUUCUUUAAUACUGUCAUUGAACUAGUCUCUUUUUUUCAAAUCAUGAAUACCUAAGAUAGUGUUUCCAAAUUUGUUAAAAAAAAAAAAAAUGAAGGUGUUUGUUUUGAGAAUUAGGACCUUCAAUCAGAAAUUCAAAAUAUUGAAAAGUAUUUUUUCAAAAGUCAAACUAAUCGAAACAAACUAUUCAAGUUGAAUUGUUAUGAAUUCAGCGGUUCCUCAACAGUUUUAGCAUGGAGAUAUGUGUUACACUCAUCUUGUCUUUUUGAUUGGAUCUCCAAUGUAACUAUAUUGAAGAUUAUUUACUGAACGUGUGUGAACUCAUAGACUGUUAGUGUCGCACAAAAGGACACUUUUUCGGCUUAGAAGAAGUCUUUGACACAAAAAGUGUGCUAACUAAUACAUGAUCUAGAAAAACUAAUUAUGGAUCUAAUUUCCACAGUUUUGUACCGUGCAGAUCUAAUUUUUACGGUGUUCCCUCUAGGUAAAAGGUAUGCGCAUGUUAAAGCGAGUUCCUCUCUUUUAUGCCUCUUAUAUUAGUGCAAUGAGGAGGAUAACAUCAACCAACGAAUGUGACCAUCUAUGGGUAAAGGAAUCUUGUUCCCAAAUAUGUCAAGAAUGAGGUUUAAGCAAAAUAAUUGCAUUACCAAUCGCAGCAAAAGCUCGAUUUUUAAUAAUUACUGAAAGAGCUCAUUAUUUGAUUUGAGGACACCUCUUCUUUUUUUUGCACAUGCUUUGGUACACCUCGAUUUUUGGCACAAACAUACUUUUUGCCCUAGGGGAACACUUGAAACUUUCCUUUCAAAUAGAAUCUCUUUUCAAUUCAUACCUGCAUUUAUUUUCUUAUCAUAGCUUUUGUGCUAAUAUGAUUUUUAUUAUUUAAAGUAUCUGUGAUAUAAUCUUGACAAAACACUAAAAUACCUCCCUGGGGAUGUAUCAAUGGUUGUAAUAAACUAAUCUGAGUGUAUAACUACAAAGUAACUAAAGAUUUGAGGAAGACAAUGCAUAUUAGACUGUCUAGAUCAAAAUUUGAUGUCGAGCCUUAUUUUUUAACAAGCCAAAGGGUGCAGCCCAUGAGACUUGUCAAAAAAAAUCUUGGAUGGAGGACUAAUUGAUUACUUAAAUUUUUAUAAAUAACAAUUCUGAAUUUCUUCUUUAAUAGUACAUCGGUUUUUUAGCACUUACAAACAACAAAACUUGAGUCGGUUUCCCGGGAUUGAUGGAAAGUUGGAACUGAUUUUUCCGCUGAAACUGAUUUUAGCUAAAGAAUGCAUUGUCUUCCUUUAUUUGUAAGUUUACCAAUGAGGCAAA